AUGACAAUUCAUAGGAAAAUGCUUAAUCAAUUUGAUAAAGAAAUAGCAGAGAGUUUAAAACAUGAUAACAAUCAAGAUUUAUUAGAUAAAUUGAAAAUAGAAAUAAGUGAAUUAAAAAAUAAACUAAAAAAGUUAUGUGGAGAUGCAGUAACUGAAGUUGGUAAAGUUAUAGUACAGAAAGUGGAUGAUGUAUCAGAUGGUGCUGUUUCAAUUUUUGAUAUUUAUUCAUUAAUACAAUAA